UAACCCGAACUUUAUUUUGGUUUUCAAUUAAUUACAAAAUCGGCGAUUUGACUGAGUUUGGAAUAUUGUGUGGGAGAGAUGGGCUAAAGAAAUGGGUUGAAGGGCAAUCAUGGGUGUAACCGCUUCUCAGUUGGAGAAAGACAUCGGCCAUGAAUUUCCGCAAAAUGAACAUUAUUUUGGCUUGGUGAAUUUUGGAAACACAUGUUACUGUAAUUCAGUUCUUCAAGCGUUGUUUUUCUGUCGCCCGUUCCGAGAGCGCGUUUUGGGCUACAAACCUCUUUCCAAGAGAAAGGAAUCGUUACUGACGUGUCUGGCUGAUCUUUUUGGUAACAUCGCUUCGCAGAAGAAAAAAGUUGGUGUUUUGGCGCCCAAGAAAUUCGUAGCCAGACUUAGAAAAGAAAACGAACUUUUUGACAACUACAUGCAGCAGGAUGCGCAUGAGUUCCUUAACUAUCUUCUGAAUACAAUAGCAGAUCUGUUACAAGGUGAAAAGGCCAAAGAAAAAGAGAAAGACAAACACAGUAGCACUAGCAGUGUAAGCAGUAAAAGUAGCGUCUCGUCUGCAGGGACAACAAAUGGGGGAUCACAGCAGAACAAUAAGACAGAACCCACCUGGGUUCAUGAUAUCUUUGAAGGAGUUCUCACUAAUGAAACAAGAUGUCUCUGCUGUGAAACAGUUAGUAGUAAGGAUGAAUCAUUUCUUGAUCUUUCUGUGGAUGUGGAACAAAAUACUUCAAUAACACAUUGUCUCAAAGGCUUCUCCUCCACUGAGACGCUUUGCAGUGAGCACAAGUACUUUUGUGAAACUUGCUGUAGUAAACAGGAGGCACAGAAGAGAAUGAGAGUAAAGAAACUACCAAAGAUUCUAGCACUUCACUUGAAAAGGUUUAAAUAGAUGGAACAGUUACAGAGAUAUGCCAAGUUGUCUUACAGAGUGGUGUUCCCCUUUGAACUGAGACUCUUCAAUACAUCCGAUGAUGCAAUUAACCAUGAAAAACUUUAUGAUCUUGUUGCUGUAGUCAUACAUUGCGGAAGUGGACCAAACCGGGGUCAUUAUAUUACUAUUGUGAAAAGCCAUGGCCUUUGGCUUCUCUUUGACGAUGAUAUUGUAGAGAAAAUCGAAGCUCAAGCAAUAGAGGAGUUUUAUGGUUUGACGUCAGAAAUCCAAAAGUCUUCUGAGUCAGGCUACAUCCUCUUCUAUGAAGCAAGAGGGUAGAUUACAGUGGUACUAAAAUAAGCUCUAAGUAAUAUUUUUUUUUAAGGGACUUUCAGGAGUCUAAGGGCUCAAGACAAACAUGACCUAAUCAGGUACAGGCUGACUCAGCAAACACUAACAAAGGUCUAACUCACUUUUUUUGUUUUUUAUUAUCCUAAACUGCAAUUGUUAUCACUAAAAUGUUUAAUAAACUUAUAGUUGUAAUGUUUUAAAAGGAUGAUUAAUAUCUUGGGCAGAAAAUGCUGUUGGCCCAAUUCUCUUAAAGCAAUUUCUUGUUAGCUUCAGGUAGUAGUUACUGAGAUCUAUGCUAGUACAUGUUAGUUACAAAUUUUGAAGAUCUCCAUCCAGUAGGCAAGUUAAGUAAAAGUUAGUCUUGAGCUUUGAAUGAUUCCAUUACGGGUAUUAUAAGUAAAUCCUGCAGUUGUUUUUAUAAUCAAGAAGAAUGUGUAUGUUUUUUUUGGACUCCAAUAGGAAUAAUUUUCUUGUGGUAGGUAGCUUUGGAUGUCAACUGUAAAGGAAAGUGUGGCUAAAGAUAAAAUGUAAUUGAUCAAGCAUUCAGUUGACCUGUAAUGCUGUAUUGUAAAAUUUUUUUUAGUGGGCAUUGCUUGGUAUUAUAAUGUCUUUCAAAACUUGCAAACUCUGAAGUUUGGCACUGAGCAAAAGCAGGAAAUAGUAGUCCAAUUUUUAUCCUCCGAAUUGUGAAAUUCAUCUAAUGAUAAUGGAGAAUGAUGUUUUUUCUCUUAUCGCAAAAGCAGGACAAAGAGUUUUAACUUCAGAGUUUGCAUGAUUUAGUGAAAUAACAACAGUCAGUUCUGUGAUAUCAUUAUUCUGUUUCAAAAUGUAUCUUACUGUACAGUUUUAUUUUCUGUGAAUGUAAAAUAAAGUAUACAAAAUCA